UUUACUCUUCUUCACAAUACAUGGAUCGCAACGCAUGUGAAAGUGAUUGAGAAUCCAAAUCCAAAUCCAAAGCCAAAGCUUACCGUUGAAUUUUCAUUCAUUCACUCAUUCUCCACUUUCACUCCACUUCAACUCCCAACCUUCAAACACAAGACACUCAACAACUUUGCCUCCAUCCAUUUCCAAUUUCAUGGGACAAAUCUUCGACAAAUUUCAAGGUGAAGCGUGGAGAAAAAAGCAAAUUAGGAAGAUUACUGAUCGAGUUUUUCAGAAAAUAAGGAAUCAAAUUCAAACGGAAAAUUUGAGUUUUGAAGAUCUGUAUAUUGCUGUUUUACUUGUUUACAAUGAUAUCAACAAGUUUAUUCCUGGUCCCCAUUUCGAUCCUCCAUCAAAAGAAAACGUCAGACAAAUCAUGCAGGAAUGUGAUAUGAACUUGGAUGGGACAAUCGAUCACGACGAAUUUUGCGAUUUCAUCCAGAAAAUGACAGCUGAUACAUUCACAGUUGUUAGUCAAAAACUUAUUUUGACAUUGGUUGUAGCACCUACUGUCGCAAUGGCAACAAAAAGAGCCACUGAAGGUGUCCCCGGUGUUGGAAAAGUGGUGCAAAGGUUACCAAAUGCACUUUAUGCAUCCCUUGUUACCCUUGCAGUUGUGUGGUUCCAAAAGAUGGGAGAUCAGCCUGCAAUCUGAUUAGUACUAUCAUUUUUUAUAAAGAAAACCAUAGAAAUUAUCAUGAUUGUACAUAUCAUUACCACUGUUUGCAUGUUAUGAAAUUGCUGUCCUGAAUAAGAAUGGUUGUAUUUGACAUUUUGAACGAAAAAUAUGGUCUUGACUUUUCUGUGAAA